GAUGCUGGCCGACUGUCGGCUUCACCGUCGGAGAGAGUUGAGCAAGCCGCGAGCGCUCAGAGCUCAGAGCAGCCGGGAUCAGUCGCUUAUACAGUUAUUGGAGUUGGUUUUUAAUCUCUACAGUGCAGUUUUAAGCCAGUAAACCUCUCCUGGAAGACUUCUGUGCUCUUUAGUUUAGCUGAGUGGCGUGACUUGUACAAUGUAACAGCCCCAGACUUGGCUUUUUGGUUGUUUUUGUUUGUUGUUUUUUUGUUUUGUUUUGUUUUGUUUUUGUUUGUUUUUCAGGGAACAUUAAGGUUCAUCUCUCUGUGAACGACUUUUCCAUUUGUUCCCCGGCGGUUAAAGCUGAACAUGAGAAAGCCAGCAGACUUUGGACUUUUUGUGUGAAACAGAGCUGUGUUCAAUGGCUGGAGCUCUGCUGAAACACACAGUUGGUUGUGACUGAGAGACUGUAGCUACACAACAGAAGGAUGAGCAAGACAGCUCACUCAGAUGGAGCCUCAACUCAGGACAAGAUGUCUCUGGAUUACCCAUCAAACGGUGCCUCUCUUGAUCAUUACCCCGAGCCUCCAGUGAGGCUUAUCUGCAGGUCCUUUGAGGCAGAGAAGCGGAUGAAUCCAGGUGCCCCAAUGAGGCCAGUCCACUCCGAGGCCUGCUGUGAGAAACGUGGACUCGAUGGCGUGAACACUCGUCCAUGGUCCACCCCUGUGAUUGUUGAUGCACAAGAUAUGUCAUGCCCCUCUAAGAAUAUGCGUAUCUUUUCCUUCCAGCGAAAAUGUGGUGCGGCAGGCCCUGGGCGGGCACCACUUCGGGGCCCAGCUAGUGCUUCACAGGCAUGGCCAGGUCUCCAUUUCAUGGGUUCCUUCAAAAAGUUGCGCUCCUCCGUUCUCCAGGGCAUCCAGAACAGGGGCGGUGUGACAGGAGACAAUCAGGAGAAAGACUUGUCCUUAACGAAUGAGGAGAGUAAUAGUUUCUUGGUAACCAAAAGAAAUUUUGGAAACGGACAAACCAAUGUGAAGGAGAUGCCAAAGGUUACCAAUGGGGUGUGUACAUCCACACCAAGUAUGUGUGUUUCAGAUGAGGAGGAUGAUUACGAGGAAGAUGGGUUUGGCCUACAGAGGAACUCGCACUUCUCAAGGAGUAUACGUAGAGCAUAUGGAGCAGGACGCAUCUCCCUGUUGGACAAUGGACGAAAGCAAUCUGAAAGUCCUACCGCUCAAGGACCCACUUCUCGCACUCGACCCCGCAGCACCGUGGAACCCAUUGGGCCCAAUGUAAAUUUUGAUACUGAUGACAGUAUGAAGGCCUUGAGUAGACUAAGCAAAAGUGCUGACAACUUGCACAUAUUCAAGAGCCCUUUCAAACGCAAAGCACCCUCAACUCAGCCCCAGAGCCUGGAAGAUUCCAGCACCUCAAAUUUCCAAAGAACAGCAAGUGCUUCAUCUGUGGAUGUGCAGGAAUGUGUAUCAGGUCGAUGUAGAGGAGCCACAGGAGUGAGGGGAAAGAUGCUCAAACUCGUCGGCAGUUUAACUGAUCUGUCUGUCAACCGCAAGCCAAACUCUGCCCCCUUAUCAGCCCUCAGCCAGCUCCAUGAUGACUACUCCCGCAGGACUCCGUGUGUUCCUGCUAUUGAGCGUCAACGCAGGCCCCCACCCUCCUAUACCUGGUUGUCUGACAAGCAGAAAGUACAGGCUGAUGUUCAUAGCCACACCCCAGCUACACAUGUUGACUCCGUAGUACCCAUUACUGUUAAUUCUUUGAAUCAUCAGGUUCCUGAGUGUUCCAGCUCCACAGAACAAGUCUCCAGUUCUCAUGGCCAGCUUCCAGUGAGCUCACCAACUUCAUGUUCAGAUAUUUCUAUUGCCCCCCUCACACCUGUCACAGGAAAUUGUGGGACUGUGGAAGAAGUGCAAUAUUUGGAAAGUGACCUUAUUCAGAAUGAGCACUGCACCAGUCCUGGACAGGAGCAGAGACUAGACAGAAUUAAAGUAAACUUGGAGUGCAUCUGGAAGACUCCGGAGAGAGAGAAUGAAAAUCUAGAGACACCUUCCGGAGACCUGUCUUUCACAGACCUCCUAAAGGUAAACGAUGAAAGAUGCAGCGACUCAGUGCUCGUUAGUCCUCCUGUCACACCCACCUGUGCUGCAGAGUUGCCCCUGGUGACAACACCAACCUCGCCAGCCUCCUCCUGCGACACACCCAUCUCUUUCGUGCCCAGGAGGAGGGCAAACAGAAACAAACCUCGACCAAUCUCAGACUAUGGACAGCUUAUCUGCAGAAAGUAUGCUGUCCCCAAGGAAGAAGUGGAACUCCAGGGUGAUGCUCAGGAGGAAUGUAAUGACAAGGACACAAACGCUGAUUUGCACCUUCAAGAGAAUAGCUGUGUGAAUGGACGCAUGGAUAGCAGGAGGGUGCGACCUAUCUCGAUGAUAGGAGGAGUGGAUCUGUUUGCAUCUCCUGAUGAGAAGGAAAAUGCUGAUUUGCCUUCUCCUGUCACUCGACCCCCUGUACCCUCUCACGGUGUGCCCCCGUACCGCGCUGUAUCCGCCCGCCUGCGCCCCUGCGUCUUCUCCCAGAGCACACCAACGGACCUGGACAGAGUGGGCUGCCGUAAACCGCAACGAGUCCUCAGUGAGGGCAACUCAGACGGCUGCACAGGGCUGUAUGACAGCGUGAGCGAGGAGGACAGCAGUUUUGAUGAGCUCACAGAAGGAACACCGUAUCUGCAGCCAGAGGUUGAUCUGUCAACUUUAAACCAGUACAUCUCGUCAGGACAUGCCGUUUACGCCGAGGCCCUGUGGGACCACGUGACAAUGGGCGAGCAGGAGCUGGCCUUCAAAGCCGGGGACGUCAUCCGGGUGCUGGAUGCCCAGGAGAAAGACUGGUGGUGGGGGCUUGUGGGCGAGCGGCAGGCCUGGUUCCCCUCCAGCUUUGUGAGAGUGCGUGUGAAUCAGGAGGACUCGGCCAGUGAAGGUGUGGAGAACUCUCCAGAACAGCAGGAGGCUCUUUCUAAAGAGCCACGCAGCCAGACCUCUGAGCACCGAGAGCAGAUGAGGGCUAACGUGGUCCAGGAGAUCAUGAACACUGAGCGCGUCUACAUCAAACACCUCCGAGAUAUCUGUGAGGGUUAUAUCCGCCAGUGCAGGAAACACCCGGGCAUGUUCACAGACGCCCAACUCAAGACCAUCUUCAGCAACAUCGAAGAGAUCUACAAGUUCCAAAGGAAGUUCCUGAAGGAUCUAGAAAAAAAUUAUGACAAAGAAAACCCCCAUCUGAGUGAGAUUGGGUCAUGCUUCCUUCAACAGGGUGAAGGUUUCUCCAUAUACUCGGAGUAUUGUAACACACACCCGGCGGCGUGUGCAGAGCUGCAGCGACUGAUGAAGCAGGGACGCUAUAAGCACUUCUUCGAGGCCUGUCGCCUCCUGCAGCAGAUGAUUGACAUCUCCAUCGCCGGCUUCCUGCUCACGCCUGUGCAGAAGAUCUGCAAAUACCCGCUUCAGCUGGGCGAGCUGCUCAAAUACACACCUAAAGACCACAGUGACUACGAAGGCGUGUGUAAAGCCCAUGAGGCGAUGAAGAACGUGGCCAGUCUGAUCAACGAGAGGAAGAGGAGGCUGGAGAGCAUUGACACCAUCGCGCACUGGCAGGAGGCCAUACUGCACUGGGAGGGUGAAGAUGUGUUAUCACGGAGCUCUGAGCUUAUCCAUUCAGGUGAGCUGAUGCGAGUGGUCCGUGCUGGGAAGACGCAGCAACGCAGCUGCUUCUUGUUCGACCACCAGCUGGUCUUCUGUAAAAAGGACGUCCUACGACGGGACCUGCUGCACUACCGCGGACGCCUUGAGACGGACAGCGUGGUGCCUCUGGAUCUGACUGACGGGCGUCACCCGGACCUGGGCACGCUGCGAAACGCCAUCGCCCUGCGCAACCACGACACACUGGAGGUGCUGUGUGUGCUGAGCUGCAGGAAAGCCCAGGACAAGCAGCUGUGGCUCGAGGCUUUCAGUCGAGAACGCAGACGUGUGAAAGAGGACCAGGAGAUGGGUAUGGAGAUUAGCGAAGCCCAAAGGAAGCAAGCGAUUCAAAAUGCCAGAAAAUCAAAGCAGGGCAAAAUAAAAAAUAUAAAAUACGCAGGUCACCCAGUGUCUCAUCAUCACCAACCCUUACACCCUAUCCACCAGCGCCACAUCACUGUACCAACCAGUAUCCCCCAGCAGCAGGUCUUCUCUUUAGCAGAACCCAAGAGGAAACCUGCACAUCUGUGGUACACGUUCACGCGCAACUCCUUUUUCCGGAAAUGACCAGAAGAAAAAAAAAAAACUUGAUAUUCUUUAAAUAA